AUGUCCUCUCCUCCUCCUAACCAGCCGUCCGCAGGAUACGAUACAUCCUCAUCUGCAGCACCCACAUCAGCCCCUCCUUCGGCUGGCCAAUACCCACCACCCCAAGGCCAAUACCCAUAUCCAUAUCCAUACCCGUACCCUCCGCCUCCAGGACACAUGCCAUACGGUUCUCCAGGUCAACCGCCCUACCCGCCCUACGGCUACCAACCUGCUCCCUACUACCCACAAUACGCUUACCACCCCGGACCAUACGGCGGACAACCGAUGCCUCAGCCUCCUCCAACCGUCCCAACACCGAAUUUGGCAGGGCAGGGCGCUCCUCCUACCACCACCCCAGGCCCUCAGUCGAACGCUCCACCAGCUUUCCCGUCGAGUGAUGCUUCCGUUAACGUUCAAGCUCCCCAGGCUCAAGCUCCGUACUACCCGCCGCCGCCUAUGCCAAUGGCAUACGUCGAACCCCUAUGGUACCUAGGCACCCCAAUCGUCGACCCGCACGCCCCUCCAGCUCCUCACGGGGUAGUUAAAGUCCCAGGAUACGAUCCUGCAGUUGAUUAUGAGAAGAUACAGAAGGCUGCGGGGAGUGGGAGGGGGGAUGAGGCGAAAUUGACGGCAACCAUUCUCCCGCUGAACGUAUUCCAGAUGGACGCGCUUGGUGAUUUUUGUGUUGCAAAGUUGGGAAAACGGCUUCCUGACAAGUUGGAGAAAUGUACGACUGGGAAUUACGCGUUGGCAUUGCGGGGUCUUAUACUCGGCCCACUCGGAUACGACGUCGAGUUGGCGCAUAAAGCGAUCGUUGGGCUUGGAACGAACGAAACCCUCCUAAUAGAACUCAUCCUCGGCCGACCGGCGCACGAGAUCCGCCUGCUCAUUGCUGGCUAUCGGCUGCGAUAUGGUAGGGAUUUGGUUGAGGCUGUCAAGUCUGAUCUGUCUGGGAAGACGGAGCGAAUGUUCAUAAUGGCAUUGAACGCGCAACGACCACCCGAUACGCUCCCUGUGGAUCCGAAACAGGUCGCGGCGGACGUUGAGACGUUGCAUUCUGCUGCUAAGAAGCGGGAGGAGAUCCCAUUUUGUGAAGUUUUGAUUAAUAGGUCACAACCACACCUUGCGGCAGUGAUAUCGUCAUUUGGGUACAAGUAUAAGAGUUUGAGUAAAGUUAUUAAGAAGAGUUUCGCAGGAGUUAUAGAAGAAUCAUUCCUCUACAUCAUGCACGGCGCCAAACCUAAACGGGACGGGCAGGGAAUAUGGCGAGACGCGAAGAUGUUGGAGAAGAGUAUGGCGGGGUUGGGGACUAGGGAUCAGCAGCUUAUUUAUCGGUUGAUAAGAGCCCACUGGAACCCAACACGCUUCGAAGCUAUCAAAGACGCUUAUAAAAGGCGCUAUGGGAAGACGUUGGAGCAUCGGGUGAAGGGUGAGACGAGUGGUGCGUAUAGGGAUUUGUUGAUUGCUAUUGUGAGGUCGAGUGAGGGGAAGAAGUAG